AUGUUCGCUCGUAUCUCUGUCUCUGCUUUCCUGGCCCUACCUCUACUCGCCAGCGGCGGUGUCAUUCCUGUCGUCCUUCCCCGUAAUGAUAUUACGACCAGCGAGGGUCCUACACUCUACCCUGUCCCUGUCUUUUACCCUAUCGCUCCCCCCGUUCCCCGCGAUGAAUCGGAUGGCGGUGCGGUUAUUACGGGCAGGCAGGCUCUUCCAGCUCUUCCCGCCCCUCCCGCCGUUCCGGCUAUUCCAGCGAUUCCAGCGCUUACAGGCAGGCAGGUGAUUCCCGCCCCUCCCGCCCCUCCCGCUCCCCCGGCGGUUCCAGCGGUUCCAGCUCUCCCAGCCCUUACAGGCAGGCAGGUGAUUCCAGCUCCUCCAGCUCCUCCCGCCCCACCCGCUCCUCCGGCGGUUCCAGCGAUUCCUGCCCUUACAGGCAGGCAGGUGAUUCCAGCUCUCCCGGCUCCUCCUGCCCCACCCGCUCCUCCGGCUGUUCCAGCUGUUCCCGCCCUUGCAGGCAGGCAGGUCACGAUCUCCCCAGUCCUUCCGACCCUCCCGACCCUCAAAGGUAGACAGGUUGUUACGGGCUCCCCAGUCAUCUCCCCGGUUCUUCCCCGUGGAGAAGUUAUGGGCAGGCAGGUUACGAUCUCCCCAGUCCUUCCGACCCUUCCUACCCGCGACGGUAUUGAAGGUAGACAGGUUGUUACCGGCUCCCCAGUCAUCUCCCCAGUUCUUCCUCGUGGUGAAGUUAUGGGCAGGCAGGUCACGAUCUCCCCAGUCCUUCCCACCCUCCCGAACCUCGAAGGUAGACAGGUUGUUACAGGCUCUCCUGUCAUCUCCCCAGUCCUUCCCCGUGGACAGUGAUUUCCGGGAGCAGGAAAUAUUUCGUGAAUCAGAGCGUCUUGGUGAUUGCAUUCGUUCGUUCGGUAGAUAAAUGGAUCGAGAAAACAAUAUUGCUGGAUAGUAGCAAACAUGCCAAUAACUAAAACAUUUCGAGCUUUCCUGUCAUUCAGAGCUUCUUGGGAAGCGUCCUAGAUGCCAAAUCAUAGUUCUCCUUGUCGAAUUAUCGAAUGGGUGGUUCAAGUAAACCGUGGCGAGUUUUCGAAGGCCUGGCCAUCGUCAGAACAUUGAGCUCUAGUUGAUAGUAGAAAAAC